CUCGCCCUGACCCCCCUGCGUCUUUCCCGGUCACCGGCUCUUCACAGUCUCCGUCUUCUCAAGCUCCAUCUCUCUCUCUCUCUCUAUCUCUAGCAAUGACUGCCAUUCAAGCCGUUCUUCCUUCGGCCGUCUCCCUCCGCUCCCGCUCUCCCUCCCUCCCUCCGCGCCCGCCGAAGCCCUCCGCCGCCGCCGCCGCCGCCGGACGGAGGAUGCCCGGCCGCCGCCGGGGGAUCUCCGGCGGGACGCCGCGCGUGGCGAUGGUGCAGCAGGCCGUGCAGGGGGCCCCGGCGACGUACGCCAAGGAGAUGGAGAGGCUCUCCGCCAAGGAAUCACUCCUCCUCGCUUUCAAAGAUUCUGGAGGCUUUGAGGCAUUGAUCAGUGGGAAGAUGACUGAUAUGCAACAAAUUGAUGUGAAUGAGAGGAUAAUUGGUCUUGAGCGACUUAAUCCGACACCUAGGCCGACAACGUCUCCCUUUUUAGAAGGUCGAUGGAACUUUGAAUGGUUUGGCUCUGGAAGCCCUGGGCUGACUGCUGCUAGAGUGAUAUUCGAGAGAUUUCCGGCAACUUUGGCCAAUCUGUCAAAAAUGGAUAUCAUGAUUAAAGAUGGGUAUGCUAGAAUUACAGCUAAUCUGAAGUUACUGAACUCGCUAGAAAGCAAAUUCAUCUUGUCCACCAAGUUAUCUGUGGAGGGCCCACUUCGGAUGAAGGAGGAAUAUGUAGAAGGGACGCUUGAAACACCAACUGUAAUUGAAGAAACUGUACCGGACCAGCUAAAAGGUGCACUUGGCCAGGCAGUUAGCACAGUGCAGCAACUUCCUGUUCCAAUUAGAGAUGCCAUCACCAGCGGAUUAACAGUACCUCUAAGUGGGACUUUCCAGAGGCUUUUCAUGAUAUCUUACCUUGACGAAGAGAUACUAAUAAUAAGGAGUACCGAUGGACUACCUGAAGUCCUCACAAGAUUGGAGGUGCCUCCUACGAUGGUAGAGCCAGUCGUGGAGUAUGAGAGCUAGAAAGUAUGUCAUUGACAUUGACAACGAUAAACUAUAUUUCGAAGCACAGUCACCGCGCAGAAGUUUCACGGUUUUCCUCUUUCACUGAUCUGCUACUUCAUUUCUUUCGUCCGCGGUUCGGCUUCUUUCUGCUCAGUCGCAUUCCACGCAGAGGGAAGAGACCUCUCGGUCACAAAGAAUUCACUCACUGAGUCCCGUGUCCGGGUAAAAAACAUUAGUCGAUUCACCGUCAUAAUUAGCAAAAGCGAUGAAUCUCUUGCAAGGUCUUGCCAGAGGUCAACCAUCUUGUUUCUGGUGUGCUUUCGUGCUGUAGCGAUAAAACGUGCUUUGCAACUAGAUAAUAUUUUACCAUAUUUCAGUCGUCGA